AUCAUAACAAUCCAAUGGCCUCUCCUCUGUUCCUUCUUCCACCAUCUCAAUGGCCUCUCACCCAAACCAAACAGGAACGGGAGCUGACGGGCAAGGAGAAAAGGACCCCCCAUCGCCGAUCCCAGCAUCAGCCUUUCAGAAUCCACUUUCUGAGAUAUCGCCGUCACCGUCGCCGUCGCCGUCCUCAUCGACAGCUCCGGCGCUGGUGCUUUCGAACUCGGGGAAGCGCAUCGACCAGACGGGGAGGAAGAAGUACGUGAAGCAAGUGACGGGGCGGCAUAACGACACGGAGCUGCACCUGGCGGCACAGAGGGGCGACGUCGGCGCCGUGAGACAGAUCCUUCUCGACGUCGAAUCUCAGGUUAUGGGAACUCUCGGCGACGGCGACGACGACGAUCUCGACAUCGAGAUUGCGGAAGUGCGAGCUUGCCUCGUCAACGAAGAGAACGAGCUCGGUGAGACCCCUUUGUUCACUGCAGCUGAAAAGGGUCAUCUCCAUGUCGUGAAGGAGCUUCUCAACCAUUCCACUGCUCAGACUGUUUCCAAGAAGAACCGAUCGGGAUUUGAUCCCUUGCAUAUUGCAGCUAGUAAAGGCCACCACUGUAUGUAGUAUCUCUCUUUUAGGGUUUCGAGGAUGUCUUUGGCAGAGGGGAAGGUUGUUUUGAAGGUGAUUGGGAAAUUGUGCGAGGAGAGGAAGGAGUUGAUGGUGGAAACUACCGUUUGCUGGAACUGGCGGUCUUUGUAGAAAUCGAGAGUGGGGCGUCCGCCGACGCCAACGGAUGAGGGGCGGCUGCUGACGUCGGAGUCGCGGGAGGGGUACUGGCGGCGGUGGAAGUCGACUGGAGUGGGUGGCGGUGGAGGAAGGAAAGAGUCCUUGGGUUGGCGUCGCGCGGUAGGUCUCAU